GGGACAGCGCUGCCCGCCAGACCCCGCCGCCCGGAUCCCCUGCGCAGCCGCCCCCAGCUCCACGGCUAAGCCCGCUCGCCAUGGCCCUCUUCGGGGCCGUCUUCCUAGCGCUGCUGGCUGGCGCUCACGCGGAGAUCCCCGGCUGCAAGAUCCGCGUCACCUCCGAGGCGCUGGCGCUGGUGAAGCAGGAGGGGCUGCGCUUUUUGGAGCAAGAACUGGAGACCAUCACCAUCCCCGACCUGCGAGGACGAGAGGGCCACUUCUACUACAACAUCUCUGACGUGAAGGUCACGGAGCUGCAGCUGACCGGGUCUGAGCUCCACUUCCAGCCGGAGCAGGAGCUCGCGCUGCAGAUCACCAACGCCUCCUUGGGGCUGCGCUUCCGACGGCAGCUCCUCUACUGGUUCUUCUAUGACGGGGGCUACAUCAACGCCUCGGCCGAGGGGGUGUCCAUCCGGACGGCUCUGCAGCUCUCCCAGGGUCCCGCCGGCCAGAUGAGAGUGUCCAACGUUUCCUGCCUGGCCUCUGUCUCCAGGAUGCACGCGGCGUUUGGGGGAACAUUCAGGAAAGUGUACGAGUUUCUCUCCACGUUCAUCACUUCCGGGAUGCGUUUCCUCCUCAACCUGCAGAUCUGCCCGGUGCUCUACCACGCAGGCAUGGUCCUCCUCAACUCCCUCUUGGACACUGUACCGGUGCGCAGUGCUGUGGAUGAGCUUGUGGGCAUUGACUACUCCCUCCUGAAGGACCCCGUGGUGUCCAACAGCUAUCUGGACAUGGAGUUCCGGGGAGCCUUCUUCCCCCUGGCCGAGGGGAACUGGAGCUUCCUCAACCGGGCAGUGGAGCCCCAGCUGCAGGAGGAGGAGCGCAUGGUGUAUGUGGCCUUCUCGGAGUUCUUCUUCGACUCGGCCAUGGAGAGCUACUUCCGGGCAGGGGCCCUGAAGCUGUCGCUGGUGGGGGACAAGGUGCCCCACGAUCUAGACAUCCUGCUGCGAGCCACCUACUUUGGGAGCAUCGUGUUGCUGAGUCCCGCGGUGAUCGACUCCCCGCUGAAGCUGGAACUCCAGGUCACGGCGCCUCCCCGCUGCACCAUCAAGCCCUCGGGCACCACCAUCUCUGUCACCGCCAGCGUCACCAUCGCCCUGGCCCCGCCCAUGCAGCCCGAGGUCCAGCUGUCCAGCAUGGUCAUGGACGCCCGCCUCAGUGCCAAGAUGGCUCUCCGGGGGAAGGCGCUGCGCACGCAGCUGGACCUGCGCAAAUUCCGAAUCUACUCGAACCAGUCUGCCUUUGAGUCACUGGCUUUGAUCCCACUCCAGGCCCCUCUGAAGACCUUGCUGCAGAUCGGGGUGAUGCCCAUGCUCAACGAGCGGACCUGGCGUGGAGUGCAGAUCCCCCUCCCCGAGGGCAUCAACUUUGUGCGCGAGGUGGUGACAAACCACGCGGGCUUCCUCACCAUCGGUGCUGACCUCCACUUUGCCAAAGGCCUGCGUGAGGUGAUCUACAAGAACCGUGAGGCGAUCGACAAGAACCAGCCCGCGGCCCCCAGGCAGCCGCAGGCAUCUGAGGCUCCCCUGCCUGUCCCCACAGCUGACUGAGCCCCCCGCGCCCCCCUGCCCGGCAGCUGCCAUCCAGGACUCAGCCCCCCACUCCCCGACACAGCCCCUCCCCUCCCUGGCGUCCCCGCUAACCCCCAGGGCCGCAGAGAAAGGGUGUGAAGCUGCACCCAUUUAAUUCCAUGAUCGGUCAGUCCCUCGAUU